AUUGUGAAUUGUGGUUAACCCUUUGGGAAAACGUACGCUAGUACUAUUAAAAUAUAUUUACUUAUCAGCAUCAUCGGCUUGAGAAAAAUUCUAUAAAAUAUUUGUCACAAAUAUUUCAACUAAAUAACAGUUUCAAUAGAAAAAAAUAUAUAUAUACAUCAUUUGAGUUGCUGUCAAAUUGCUUCAGCAAUUAUAUGUGAAGCACUACAAGUUGGAGAAUACCUAAAAGUGUGCUGUUCCAAUUGUUUACAAAGAAAAAAAGAAUUGUGAUUAAAUUAAACUGAAAAUUCAUUUUGUUAUGCAAGUGAGUAAUGGAAUUACUAAAGAAAAAAGCUACGCCAGAGAUAAACUGCAUAUAUGCCGUGUGAAAAGUGAAAAUUUUAUGCAGCAUUCGCGAUAGAUUUUGAAAGGAAAUUGCACGAAUUUAAACGAUCAAAAACGAUUAUCCUCCACAAUGUUGCUGCCACAUUCCCCCCUCGAUAUGCUGCAUCAAUAGCUUUCCACACAAAACGUGGUGUUUUUGUUGUAUUCACUCGACAUGCUUUCUGGAUGCGUUCCCUGCUGCACCACUGUGAAUUGCCAAAGUUAUUUUUGAGAUAUAUGCAUACAUACUUACAUGUGUGUAUGCGUAUGUCAAUACAUGGAUGUUUGCAGCGGUGUUAGCUAGCCCAUUGUGAAUGCAUUCGUUUUUCGCUGUGGUCACGUACUCUCUUUCGUGCUGUGCAAUUUUGUUAUAAACUUCAGCAAGAAAACAUUUGCUAUUAAAUUUGUGCAUAUUAAACACGAAAAACAUAUUUAUUUAAGUUUCAUAUUAAGUGCGUGAAAAUGCUGUUAACAUAGUGAACAUUCUUUAAAUGGAUCUACAAAGCUCAGCCGUUGACAUUGAUUGCAAAUAAAAUCGAAAAAUAUAAAAAUUACCAUUGUUACUGCGGUUGUAAAAAACACUCGGUGUCACUGAGUGUAUGUGAGUGUGUGUGUAUUUUGUGUAAGAAAAAGAUUUACACUAAAAAAGUAAAUAAAACAAAAACAAAAAAAACACUCCACAAAAUGUCCAGCACAGAUGUGCCCCGUAUUAUGGUCUUUCGACCAACUUGGGAAGAAUUUAAAAAUUUUCCCAAAUACGUAGCCUUCAUGGAAUCUCAAGGCGCACACAAAGCCGGUUUGGCCAAAGUUGUGCCACCACCUGAAUGGGUGCCACGUCGCAGUGGCUACGAGGAUUUAGAUGCUUUGAAAAUAACAAUACCGGCGCCAAUUUGUCAAGUCGUCACGGGUAAACAGGGUCUCUAUCAGCAAAUCAACAUACAAAAGAAACCGCUCACGGUAAGGCAAUUCAGUGAGUUGGCGUCAACGGAGCGCUAUCAGACGCCCAAACAUUUCGACUAUGAAGAUCUCGAGCGUAAAUAUUGGAAGAAUAUCACUUACGUGGCGCCGAUUUAUGGCGCUGACGUUAGUGGCAGCAUUACAGAUCCAGAUCAGGAUAGUUGGAAUAUCAAUCGCCUCGGUACAAUACUCGAUUUUGUUAACGAAGAUUAUGGCAUACAAAUUGAUGGUGUGAAUACAGCGUAUUUGUAUUUUGGCAUGUGGAAGACCACAUUCGCUUGGCACACCGAAGACAUGGAUCUCUAUUCGAUAAAUUAUUUACAUUUUGGUGCACCGAAAACCUGGUACGUUGUACCGCCCGAACAUGGACGUAAACUGGAGAAGGUCGCAAAUCAAUAUUUUCCGGCGAGUUAUCAAAAUUGUAAUGCAUAUUUGCGUCACAAAAUGACGCUGAUAAGUCCGCAAGUAUUAAAGCAACAUGAUGUACCAGUGAGUAAAAUAACACAAGAGGCUGGCGAAAUAAUGAUUACAUUUCCGUUUGGCUACCAUGCCGGUUUCAAUCAUGGCUUCAACUGCGCCGAAUCCACAAAUUUUGCCAUGGAACGGUGGAUUGAAUAUGGAAAACGUGCCGUUCAAUGUACCUGCAGCAACGACAUGGUCAAGAUCUCCAUGGACACUUUCGUAAAACGCUUCCAACCCGAUCGCUAUCAGGCGUGGCUGGAGGGCAACGAUGUGGGCCGACAUCCAGAAGAUCCGCCCAGCGCUGUAGCCGCUGCACCAUUACCCUCACAUUUAGAUGUGAUAUGCAACAAGAAAAUGAAGAAACAAUGCAAUCCAACAAAGAAGAAAUCAUUUAAGGAGCGUAAUCCCGAUUUAAAUUUAGAGGAGAUCCAACAAAAUCCCAAUAUACCGGACGAGGUUAAGGCUGUGCUGAAAGAGAGUGUGUUAACGCUCGAUGCGGAUGAUGAAGAGCCGGCCAUUAUUGGCGAUGGUGAGGCACCUUUGUUGAUGAGUCAAUUAAGUCCAGCCGAAUUGAAGACUAAAAAGGAGCUAUUGGACUAUAUCGAUGAUGGCACAGAUGAAGACGAGGAGGAGGAAUUCCGCAAACGACGUCAUAAGCGUAAACAUCAUUCCGACUAUGAUGAUGAUUGGUUUACCAGCAAAAGACGUACAAAUUCACGACAAAGCAGCAAAGCUCGUAGUCCGCGUAAUAGCAAUAAAGAUGAUCGCUCUAUAUCACCAGCAUCGUCAUCAUCCUCAUCUUCACGUGCACGUCGUCAACCGUGCACAACGCCGGGCAAAACACCACGUAAAACGCCAAAUCGUAGAAAGAAAGAUCCUAACGCCGUAAAAACACCAAAUGCACAAAGUGCAAAGAAAGCGUUGACAUCAUCAACGACAGUAACAACGGAGGCGGUGACAAAUGUAUUAAAGACUGCUGCUGCGCUAACGCAAGCGCUGGGCAAGAAUGAUGAAUGUAAUAAUGAUAAUGCCAAUGAGGAAAAUAUGAAUGCCGUCAGUAUUUUGAGUCCACCAACACCGCCAUCGGAAGUUGAUAUGACGUCACCAGCACCAACAGGCGGUGUAGCUGUUACCGUGUCAGCUGUAGCUGCUGCCGAUGAUGCGGCGGCGGGAGGCAGUUUCACGACAGCAACAAAAAUAACAACAAAAUUCCAAACUAUAACCGCCGUACACGCGCCAGUCAUACAAGUGGCGCCUAAAUUCAACGCACCAAUACCCACCAACAACAACAACGAUCUCCUCCUACCCAGCAUACCGCCCGCGUUGCAAUUUAUGCAACAAACACGCAAAUUUGAAGGUAAAAUACCACGUAUUAGUCAUCAGCUACAGCAGCAGCAACAACAUCAACAAGCGAAUUUACAACGCUCCAAUUUAAUCAUAAUGCCUGCAACAUCGAAUGUUGUUAACGUCUCAUCAGCAGCUGUUGCUGUCAAUAACAGCAACAACAACACAAACAGUAGCAGCACUUCUAGUCAGCAGCAGCAGCAACAGCUGGAACAAGAGCAACAACAACAGCAACAAACAAUUGUUUAUACCACAAUGUUGCCAGCGGCAAGCACACUCAGUGGCAUCGCUCAACAACAUCAGCAGCAGCAACAACAAACACAAUAUAUUACAAUACCCGCUUCAUCGGCGUCUGGUGUGGCCAAUACCACAGAUGGCACGGUUUAUCAAUUGCAAAGUGAAAUUGUUUGCGAUGCGGCGACAUAUCAACAGCAUCAGCAGCAGCAGCAACAACAACAACAACAACGUCAGCAACAACAGUUGACCUCUCAAAGUAUUAAUGGCAAUACGAUUGCUGUGACCUCAGCAGCUGCAGCGCAAGACAAUGUGGUCACCACUAUUAGUUCGUCCCCCAUACUGCUCACGUCCACCACCGCCGCCGCCGCCGCCUCUCACAAUCAACACCACCUUCAACAACAACAACAACAACACCACAACUCUUCUGCCUCCGCCACAUCCACGUACACCACGACAACAACCACUGCCCAACCGCUGCACACGAUCAAAGCCGAAAUUGACGAAGACAACACAAAACAUAUAAUCGUGAAUGGUGAUGGCACCACGACCACACUGCAGACACAACCGCAACCACAGUAUCACUACAUCACCACCACCGGUGAAGAUGGACAAACACCGACAACGAUCGUCUUUGAGAACUAUAAUGGUGAGGUCACCGAAAUGAAUGGCGGUGGCGCCACGACGAUCAUCAAGUUCGAGGGUGAUGACAAUGACUACCAGGAGUUUCAGGUUAUUAAGCAUGAGGAGGACAAUUCGAAUGGCAACAACACAUUAGAUGCCCAACAACAACAACAACAAUUGCAACAACAGCAGCAGCAGCAGCAGCAACAACAACAACAAUAUACAUAUAAGACGAUAACGAAACAGGAUGAAGAAAUGAAUCAAACCGUCACCGACACGAUUAUGGUGCCCGCCAAUGGCGUACCGGCGAUACCGCCACAAAAGCAGAAGCGCAAGCGAAAAACACGCUUAAUAUCGCCCGAUGAACAGGGCGAGUAUUUGGAGAAGAUGUCUGUGCGCGGUCUGGACAUACAGCGCUAUGAACAUAUCAUCGACGGCGUCUCCUACUGUCUGGUGUGUGCCAAAAAUGAUGUUUUCAAAACAUUCAAAAACAAAUACAGUUUUCAACGUCACGCCUAUCUUUUUCACGAGGGCGAAAAUCGUAAAAUAUUCGCCUGCCCCAUUUGCAAUAAAGAAUUCUCACGCCCCGACAAAAUGAAAAUGCAUAAAAAGGAUAAACACGGCGACGUACAGCUGCCUGAUGGCACGCUCACACCCGCCUCAACGCCAGUGAAGCAAGCAGCCGACGCGCCACCGGCGAAACGUUCACGCGCCUCAGGCAACCGUACGCCACGUGCACGUAAACCGCGCUCCACCAUUGCCAACACGGCCACAGUGUCGGUCAGCAGCAGUAGUGAAGAGAAUGCGGUGGAGGCUAAACGCAAACGUCUGGCUCAAAUCGAUAGCGUUAUAGAUGUGGUGCAGCAACAAGCGGCCGAUGUGAAUGGGGCACAGGCGCAAACGGGCACAAUUAGUGUGCAACUGCAGCAGCAGCCGAAUGUCGCACAGCAGCAGCAGCAACAGCAACAACAACAACAAGUGCAGGUGCAACAACAACAAACGCUGCCAUCAAUCGACUUGAGCGGCAUGAUACUGCCAGGUGGUGCUCAGCUAGCGCUGGCCAAUCCCAGCAACACCUCUGCACUCUUGCAACAACAACGUGUUACACACCACCAGCAGCAGCAACAGCAACAACAGGCACAUGCGCCGCCACCGCCACAACAACAACACAUCACAUUGACCGCACAACCCACACAGGUGCUGCAGCCAUCAGCAACAGCCGCCACUGCUGCCGGCGCUGCAAGCACCACGGCAGUCAUCUAUUCGAAUCAAAUUGAUUUGCAGCAAGCAUUGCUACAACAGCAGCUGCACGGUCAGAGUAUUAUGAUUCAAGAUCAAGCUGGAAAUUUAGUGCCAUUGCAGUCACUUCAGGCGCUCAACGCGACUACCUCGUUGGAUGGCACGCAAACGAUUUAUACAACAACACAGCCAGCGCGUCACGCGCAGCCACCGCAACAGCUGUUGCAGGCGACUCAGCAAACGGCAGCGCAGAGUGCGUACCAGACGGCGCCGCAGCAGCAACAGCAUAUACAGUUGCAAGCGCUGCCUAGUGGUUCGCCGCAAGAGACUAUUAUCACAACAACAACAACGCCAGUUGCGCAAACACAACAGCAGCAGUUGAAAACGACAGCGCAGCAGCAGCAACAACAGCAACAACAUGGAGGCAAUGUAGCGCAGCAUCAGCAACAGCAACACUAUGAGCUUGAAAAUGUUGCAUAUCUCUCAUCGACCGCCGCAACGCCGGCGCCAGCAGACCAACAACAACAGCAGCAACAACAACAUCAUGUUAUCGGCACGGUACAAAGCUACCAAAUACUCACCCCAGACGGCCUGCAAGCAUAUCCCACAGCCACGGCGACCACAACCAAACUCGAACCGAGUGAUUUGGCGGAGUUCUCACCCUACACCUCACUCUCCAGCACGACGCCACACUACACGUUCACAACGCAUGCUAGUCAUCAUGGCGCCGCGGCGGACGCGCAACAGCUGCAUCAGCAAAUAGCAGGCGCCACAACUAGUCACACCCAGCAACAGCAGCAGCAGCAGCACCAACUGACGGCGGUUGGAGGUGGCGGUGGUCAACAACAACAACAUCAUGUACCGCAUCAACAGCAUCACUUUAUGGAGUUGAAAAAUGAUUUGCUAAUUAAGAGCGCUGCGGAUGCGUACGCGUUGGACGCGAGCUCCAUGUAUCACCUGCCCUUCUCGCCCUCGUCGAUGAUCAGCUCGGUGAAUGAUGUCAACGGGCAAUCGUUGCUUGAAACCAAAGAGAUUAGGACUAUCGCUGGUGCUACAGCGGGCGCAGGCAACACCAUCAUUAGAAACGCCAACAACACCGUUAUCACCACUAGCACAAGCAACGCCACCGGCAAUGGCAACGGCAACAGGAAGACGACAAUACAACCGCGUACAGUGCAGCUGCUAGUAACGCGUCGACCUAUUAUCACCAGCGCCAAUGCCAGCAACACCAACCCCAACCAAAUUAUUGCGAGCAAUAGCAACGCCCUCAGCGCUGGCGCUACACAAACCGCAACUAUUGUCGCACCGGGCGUGUUAAAAAUUACAUCAACAGCAGCGCCGACGCUUGCACACAAUCACAACAACCAAACAACCAUCUUACACACCACCGCUGCCGCUAGCACCGCCAACAACAACAACGCUGCCGCUGCAGAAACCGUCGUUAUUGAGGAGGAGGAUGAUGAGCUACUAACCGCGACAAGUGGCGAUGAGGGCUCAAUCUCCCCCAGCGCGCUUGCAAUGUCAGCGACUACAGCGCAAAUUUUGCGAAAAUUCCGCAUACCCAAGGGUACAGCGUUAACGGCGAAAACGAUGACAACAAUGCUGACGAGUAAUGCGGCGGCGGAGACGCUGAUUUGUAGCGCUUCAACAUCGCCAGCACAAUCGCCCAUACAUUCCACUACCUGCUCGCCACCACCGCCAGCGGAUACCCCCAACUCCGUCGAUUUGGUUGAGGAAGUAAUCGAGACAGAUGAGAAUUCAACGUGCCACUCGGCGGAAGCGCUUAUGACGGCUGACACCACCACCGCCGAUACCAUAAACGAAUGUGAUGAUAUGGAGGGCGAGGAAGAAGAGGAAGAUGAGGAGGCGAUGGCGGCGUCAAUUGUUGAAGCGGCGGACAUCGGCGACAGCAGCAACACGGAAACUAACAACGCUCACGCCGCAAACACAACAACAGUUUUAGUACCAAAUAAUGGCGCUAUAGCAACGGCUACAGCGCUGCCACAAAUACAACUACAAACCAUACAACCGAACGGUACUGUGACCUGCAUAAAUCUACCGCCAAAUACAAUAUUGCUCACAGCGCCGGAUGGGUCUACGAUACUUGCGCAAGCGACGCCACAACAGUGGAGCAAACUUACACAGCAACAACAAACCCUCCAGCAACAACCCCAGCAGCAGCAGGCGCAACAACAACAACAACAACAAAUUAUUGCAAUACCAGACUGGCAUAGCAGCGGCGCCAGCAGUAGCGUGAAUAGUAAUACCGCCACCGUAUUGCAGGCGGUACAACAACAACAGCAGCAGCAGCAACAGCAACAACAAGCAGCUGCUACCACAACACAAACACUGCUAUUCACCACCGACGGCACAGCCAUACCACUUUUGCAAUCUGCGCCUGCGCCGUCCAGCAAUGCAGCCGGCGGCUCGACAAACGCCGCAGCAGCGGUGGCCGCCGCGCAGAUUAUUGCCGCUCAGCAGGCUGAGGCGUUGAAGGCGCAAGUGUUGGCGUAGGGUUUUGCCGGUGGCCAAUUGGGGUGAUAUUUGAAUAAUGCCACGAUUAUGCCUACAGCGUAUUUUUUCUAAAACAACCGAGCAUACAUUUGUACAUACCACCACCAGCAGCAGCAGCAGCAGCAACAACAGUUGAUGUGCAUACCCAGUCGCUACAAUAAGAACAACAACAACACUGGGAAAGGUAAUUUUUAUAUGUAUGUACAUUUACAUAUUUAUUUCAAAGAUUGUAACUACUUUAUGGGCGAGUAUAUUAUUAAAUAUUGUUUAAGUAUAUUAUAUUCAACAUUGAAAUAUU